CAGAAUCCUAUCAUAUGCUUUUGGGGCCACAGCGACCCAAAACGCCCCCAAUUCAUGCAACCUCAUACUCUAAUUUAGACAAAAGCCUUACCAUCUCAGGCACGUGUAGGGACUUGGUAACUAAUCACCUUAUCAUGUAAAAGACUGCAGGCGGCCGCCUCAGGAUGAGGCUGUAGGGGAGCGGACUGCAUCAGACUCGUGUCGUUCAUUUUCAUACACUGCGCUCGCGUGCGUUGUCAUUCUCUCAUCAUGUUUGGCGUCGACGUUGUUGGAUUUUUGGGCCUCGUUUGUCAGACGUGCGUUACACCUCCACCAAAUGCCCAGGGAACGCCAAUAGAUAUCGGAACAGUGCUUGGAGCAGGCGAUAUACCCAACCCUUCGCAGACUAUCUGUGGGCAGAUCAUCUCUGCGGUCGACAAUGAAGGGGCUCUUGCAUUUCUUGCCCGCGAUGCCUACGAGUGUCUGUUGAGUGUUCCAUUCUACGCGGAUCCUGCUGUCCGUUUCAUCGAGUACUAUAACACGACGAUGCAAUUUCACAGCACGAUCCCUUACCUCAAGUCGCCCCCCGAAGAGUACCAGCAACCAGCUUUCGAUUUUUACGCCGAGUUGAGCAGAAUCAAGCAGAAUGCGCUCAACAACGCAUACAAGAAUCAAUAUGAAUUUGAAGCAGACAUGCAAGGUGUCGUAUAUGCCUUUCAUGACGGGCACGUCGACUUGGUCUCGGGCAUCCUCGCUGCAUUCUCAUUCUCAAGUCCGUACUAUAUUACAUCUGCCUCUCCAGACGGCAAGGCGGUCCCUAAAGUCUACAUAACAGAUGACAUACUUGCACAUAGAGAUGGUUAUACUGUUUCAGCGAUUUCGUCUAUCAAUGACCAGCAUCCUGAUACUUACUUGACAGCAUUCGCAGCUCUGAACUCUAUUGGCACGCUCGAACCACACGCCGACUACAAUCAGUUAAUGUCAUAUCCUGCGCAGCAAAUCAUGGGUGCCCUGAAUGCAUUUAGUGGUGGCGCAACAUUCUACCCUGGCGACACGCUUGUCUUCAAAUUCGAGAACGGAUCCAGUCUUGAGACGCAAUGGGUUGCUUACUACAACGAGGUGGACUUGACUGGGCCUCUGAAGACGCCUGGGGACUUUUACAACUACUUUGUGUUAGGGCUUCUACCAGCUGCCUGUGACCCCGAAUGCCCGUUGAAUGACCCUAUUGUUUCGACCUCAAAGCGGCAAGAUGAUAAUGAAGGCGGGGAGAGCGAACUUCAGUCUUGGUCGGAAACGAGCUUUGGCGCCUACCCAGACCCGGACGUUGUGCAAAGAGAUCUCUCUGUCACGGGUGGAGGUGUAUUGACCGGAUACUUUCUCAAUGACUCCUCCACUGCAGUUCUCAGUAUCCCGACAUUCGAGCUCUACGGUUAUGACAUUGGAAACUUCUCGGCAUCUGUCAGUGAAUUCAUCACGAGAGCAAAGGAGGCAAAAAUAAAGCGUGUUGUGAUCGACCUGCAGCAAAAUCCUGGAGGAUCAGUCUUCCUAGCCUAUGACACCUUCAAGCAGUUCUUCCCGGAGUUGGAGCCAUUCGCUGGUAGCCGCAGGCAUAUACAAGAUAUGGCCAACUUUUUGGGAACAGUCCAUACGACGUACUGGGACUCGCUCGCGAAUUCGGACGACGAAGUCGCCCAGUACAACAGGUCACUCCUGGCUGCUGAUGAAUGGGUUAUUACAGACAGGCUCAAUGCGGAUACUAAGGCAAAGUUCCAGAGCUGGGCGGAAUACGCUGGUCCUCGCACUUUUCUCGACACUACCUAUUCCCUUACGGAGCGCUACAACUUGUCCGAUCUCGAUUUUGCGGCAGCUGCUUUCGACAAUUGGGUGGCCUAUGGGUAUGGACCAGAGAACCAAAUUUCGACAGAACGGCCAUGGAACCCAGAGGACAUUGUGCUUCUUACCGACGGCCUCUGUUCUUCUGCUUGUGUUGUCUUUGCCGAGAUGAUGAGCUACCAAGGCGGCGUCAAAACAAUCGUAGCCGGUGGACGACCACACGACGGACCCAUGCAGGCUGCCAGCGGGAGUCGAGGAGCCCGCCUAUACUCAGCAGACCUCCUCGACGUAGACUUUGACUACGCAAGCGGCCUCAGCACCGAAGCCGCCUCCAUCCUGCCCCAAAACCGCGACAGUGCCAUUUUCACAAAUUACGCAGGCUUCAACCUCCGCGACCAGAUCCGAGAUGGCGACAACGUGCCCCUUCAAUUCAAGUAUCUGGCCGCAGACUGCCGCAUCUACUACACCCUCGACAACGCCUACAACAUGACCCAGCUCUGGCUCGACGCCGUGCAAGCAACCUGGAACGACACCACGCUCUGCGUGCAAGGCUCCACCGGCCACACAGCCGCGAAAGACGCCACCCCUGACCUUGCUGCACCACCCAAAGAAGCCCUCGUGCAAGUCGAGGAAAAACAUGUCAUCGCCGGCGCCGACGCGAUCAUCUCCACCAUCGAUGUCGACGUCGGUAUCACAGCCGGCCCGCGCGAUGUCCGCAGCACACCUUCAAUCCAGCUCUGCACGUCUGCCGGCGGCUGUCCGUCCAACAGCAAAUGCACAGAGACAGAAGUGCGCUGCGCCAAUGGCGAGUACAAGCUUAUCAACGUGUGCCUGCAGAAAUGCAAUAACCGGAAUGCGGCUAGUGGGUGUAGCGGCUCGACGUAUUGCCAUCCGCUGGCGUUGCAGAAUAGCAAGGUGUCGACACUAAGCGAGGACUCGACGCUGCAAGGGCCGAAUGGAGGUGUGUCGAAUCAGUUGUACUCAGGUGUAUGUGAGGUCGGACAAGAUAGUUCGGCGUUGAGGUCGCUCGGCUGUCCGAGGAGGUAGUAGAGCAUUCUUACCUGUUACGUUUGACAUUGCAUGGGUUAGCGGUUGGGAUCAACGACUUUAUUUUUAGGCAAUAUAUAGAUACCAUAGCGUAGUGUAUGUAUUCGUAAUUCUGCAUACAUUCGCAGCAGUUAUGCAUCGAGAUGGGAGGACUAUUACCCCUUUUCGCACCACUGCAAUGCUGUAAACACAUGCGUCGGCUAAGCCUGCUAGAACCCAUUAGGAUCUCAUAUCUAUAACAAUACUAGCAUUCGUACAGAC